AAUUGCAAUUGACAUUAACCAUUUCACCACAUUGAAACGCUCAAGUUGAAAUCUUUUCUACAAAAUAAAUAACAUAUGGGUACUGCAUCCUCGUGGUAGCUCCAUAAGUAUACGAUCCGUGAUGUGAUUGGUCGAUCAUGGCAGUUGAGGCCCCGCCCACAGCUCAUGAGGCCUGCACCCAUGAGCAUACACCUGACAGAGGUGAAGUAGACCCGACUGCUCCAUCAGUUCAACACCCACACGAGGACAUCAUGCACCCAGACAACUAUCACGUGGAACUAUUACUGCUGGCACUGCUGUGUGCUCAAAGCCAGGCCGAGCUGCCCAUCUGUAAAGAGUCCGACUAUCACUUUGAGUACACAGAAUGCGACCUACAGGGAGCACGCUGGAGGGUGGCAGUGCCCAACAAACUGGACACGUGCACACGACUACCCGACCCCGUCAAAGGCACCCAAUGCACCUUUUCUUGCAAUGAAGGGGAGUUUCUGGACAUGCAGUCUCAACAGUGUCACAAAUGCGCCCCUGGGACCUACUCUCUGGGGACUGGAGUGGCAUUCGAUGAAUGGGACUCUUUACCCCAUGGCUUUGUGACGCUCCACCAAAACACUAACGAAUAUGACGACCAAGUCAGCUGUGCAAAUUCGACUUGGACCCCAAAAGGUGAAUACAUCGCCUCUAACACAGAUGAAUGCACUGCCACUUUGUCCUAUGCUGUGAACCUGAAGAAACCAGGAGUACUGACCUUUGAGUAUUUGUACCCCGACAACAACAUUUACUUUGAGUUUUUUGUUCAGAACGACCAGUGCCAGUCCACAAAAUCUGACAGCAGUUGGAUGAAGGUGUCUGAGAACGACUGGAGCAAACAUAUGGUUGAUCUGAGCACAGGAAAUAAUGUGUUGUAUUGGAGAACCACAGGCUAUUCUCUGAAUAGUGACAUCAAACCUGUGCUCCUCAAAAACAUUGGAAUCUCUGGAGUGUCCUACACAUCUGAGUGUUUCCUCUGUAAACCUGGGACGUACAGUGAAAAAGCUGGUGCUGCACGGUGCUCCCCAUGUCCGGUGGACUUUUUCUCCACUAAAGGAGCCACAGUCUGUCACCCAUGUCAAAAUGACACGUACACAGAGGCCGGUUCAGGGACAUGCAAACCCAGACCUGCCUGUACCACUAGUGACUACUUCUACACACACACUCCAUGUGACACAGAGGGAAAGACCCAGCUCAUGUAUAAGUGGAUUGAGCCAAAGAUCUGCAGUGAAAUUGUAGAGGGCGCUGUUCAGCUGCCUGCAUCUGGAGACAAACAAACAUGUCCCCCCUGUAACCCAGGAUUUUAUGCCACCAACUCCUCAAUCUGUGAGGCCUGCCCUCAAGGCUUCUACUCCAAUGGGACAGUUUGUGGCAAGUGUCCAGCAGGUACAGAGCCAUUGGUUGGUUAUGAGUACAAAUGGUGGAACACAAUUCCCCAAAAUAUGAAAAGCUCAACUUUCCGCAGAGAGUUCAAUGACCCUGAGCGCCACACAGCUUGGGAAGUAGCGGGGGAAUACAUCUACACAACUCCUGGAGAAGAGGACACAGAUUUCCUCAUGCUUACUCUUAAUGUCCCUGGAUACAGGUUGCCACAGUCUGUCUCCACAAACAGUGAACUCGCUCGGAUCACAUUUGUCUUUGAGACCAGGUGUACAGCAGACUGCAGGCUUUUCUUCCAAUCGGGCUAUACUCAGUGGAACAGUGAAGUUGUGGAGCAGUGGAAAGGAACCCACAACAAACAGUCCUAUUCAUUUGUGAUUCAAGGAAACAACACCAAGAGCUUCACCUGGGCAUUUCAACGCACUCAGGAAUUCUCUUUGACAAGGAAGUAUAGUGCUGACUUUGCCAAGAUUUACUCCAUCCACAUCACUAAUGUCAUUGGGGGCGUGGCCUCUAAGUGCCGCCACUGCCCUCUGGUUGCAUCCCAAACCAAUUUGGGCUGUGUCCCCUGUCCCCCUGGACACUACAUGGUCGGUGAGACAGGGGUGUGUAAGAGCUGCCCCCCAAAUACAAUCGUCAGAGCAGAGCAGGCAGUGGGGGAGGCUGCAUGUGUGCCCUGUGGACCCAAUACCAAGAGGAACAAGGAAUACUCAGCAUGUCUCAGUGAAUGCCACCUGACUAUCCAAAGUCAACAGGGACCAUUGCACUACCAUUUCUCCGCUCUGUCCAAUGUGACCAGUUUUCACAACAAAGCUCGAUUCACCGCAAAAGGCUUGAGAUAUUUCCAACAUUUUAACCUGGGGCUGUGUGGUACUGAGGGAAGAGUGCUGGCAACUUGCGUGGACAAUGUAACCGAGAGCGGGAAGAAGGAAGUCAAAGGAUACAUUUGUCAGUCGACCGUGGUUCCCUCCGAUAUCAGGGGCCAGACUGUAGUGUCUUCCCAGCCAGUUGUCAUUGGAGGCACACUAGUUGGUAUGUAUUUGGUGAUCUCUUGUUAACAGGUGGUGAAAGA